AUGCAUGAGAUUGUAACCCUACAGCUUGGUCAGCGAAGUAACUAUCUCGCGACUCAUUUUUGGAACUUCCAAGAAUCAUAUUUUACAUAUUCCGCAGAUGAGUUGUCCCCUGUGGACCAUGACAUCCAUUUCCGUCCAGGGAUUGGCGCAGAUGGAUCGGAGACCUUCACUCCCAGAACAGUGAUCUACGAUCUUAAGGGAGGAUUUGGGACGCUUCAGAAAUUCAAUGCACUUUACGAGAUAGAAGCAGAGCCCAAGUUAUCCAGCGGUUUAUGGGACGGCAAUAAGGUUAUACAACAGCAGCCCACCAUCCCACUGACUGAGUAUCAAAAAAACCUGAAUCUAGGGCUUCCAUUACCUCAACUUACUGCUGAAUCAGUUCGCUACUGGUCAGACUUUAAUAAAGUCUUCUAUCAUCCCAGGUCCAUUGUUCAAUUAAAUGAAUACGAACUCAAUUCUCAACUGAUGCCAUUUGAAGACUGGGGCAUUGGCGAGGACUUAUUUAGAGCCUUAGAUCGCGAGCACGACAUCCUUGACAGGGACUUUCGGGCCUUCGCUGAAGAAUGUGAUCAGCUGCAGGGAAUCCAAAUCUUCUCUUCAACGGAUGAUGCCUGGGGAGGCUUUGCUGCGAGAUACGUCGACAGAUUGAGAGAUGAGUUCGGAAAAAAGAGUAUCUGGUUCUGGGGGUUAGAAGAUGGAGCAAGAUUCCAACGUCACAUGCAAGCCGUAGCCACCGCUAACUGCGCGAGGUCGGUUAACGAGAUAUCACCACAGACAUCGGCCUACGUUCCCAUCGUGGACCCUCCUCGAAAUUUACCAACAUAUGUGAACUCUGACCUGCGUUCGGAGUGGUACUCCUCUGCUCUAAUUUCAACAGCUCUGGAAAGUGUGACUUUACCUACCCGUCUCCGAUGCUAUCGAGGAAUUGGUUUCUGGCUGCCCGCACAAGAACUCCCGCAAAAGAUAUUCAAUAUCCAAGCUGCCAUUAUAUCAAAGCAGGACCUAGAAAAUGAGGUCAAUGUUAGGCCGGACAAGGGCGCCAUGGUAGUGGAGGAUGAAACAGAUCAAAACGAAGCCCUGCUUGAUGGACUUGACCUAGACUUUUCCUGGUCCAAUUCUGCUCCAGCUAAAAGGAUACAUGUUUUUGGUUACGUUGAAAUCAAUCGUGGAUUCGAUGGCGAAAGCAUCCUCACUUCAAGAGCACGAAGCCUGCAAAGUCGCAAACAGUCGCCAAGGCCUCUAGGCACUGUGCAAAGAUAUCAUACCCCGCUCUCACUUCCUCUACUUGAUAGUUUUCCCCAUGACCUAUUUAGAGAUAGAGGCGCCUCAGACUCUGGGCUGAGCGUUCGUGCAUCCCUUUCUACCACAACGCAAAUUGGCGACAGGGUGAAGAACUUACAAAAAAUCGCGUCAAGACUAGUGGGAGUUGAUGAGCGUGAGGCAUUAGUCAAUGGACUGGGAGAAAUUUCUGAGGCAUAUCAGGACAAGUGGGAAAGCGAGUCUGACUCUGGGGAUGAUUACUGA